AUGGAAAAUUUCGCUUGUGUUAUUUCCUUGUCAGCCUUACGUCCCGAACCGGCUCAGAAGUUCGAUUUAAGUCCACGACCAGGGGUUCUUUUAUUCGACAGUUUCGAAACACUCAAAAUUGCCGAAUGCCUGGAAGAUCAUUUGAUAAAAGAAAAUAUCGAGAAGAAGGACAUCUUAGGCCUCCUAGAGCUCCAUCAAAAUACUACCUUACCAGCUUAUGCAAAAAGCCUUCGUCUUAGUUAUGUGAAAACAAAUGAAGGCGAACUGGCUUUUCGAUCCGAUCGGUCCCUAAGCUUACACGAGGACCAACUUAGAACCAAUCCCCUUAUGAAGAAGGUCUUCGACAGACAACAAGCCAUUGUUCCAACUCCGAUCAAGUUCGACCCCUAUAGACCAUCUGGUCUAACUUCCGCUGUGGUGGUGAAACGAGAACAAUCACAUGAUUUUGGCGUACAAAUUUGUAGUCUGAACGGUGGAAUUUAUAUUUCUUACGUGAGAGAGGACUCCCCGGCUGCUAGAGCUGGUCUUCGUUUUACAGACCAGAUUACGCAUAUCGAUGGGAAGCCAGUGACAGGCGUCAAGGUAGCAGAGGUUAUGGGGAUGCUGACCAACAAGGACACAUGGAAAAUUACGAAAAAAGAUCGGUAA